AUGGACAGUAGCAAGCAGACUACUGAGAACAGCAGGACUGUGAAGACAAAACUUAUGGAAGAAGGGAGAAAUACUCAUGGUGGGUUGUCAGGAGUAGUUGCUCUUUUGGAUCACGGAGACGCGAUUCCAAUCACCAAAGACAUUAUGGAGUUGGCCGCUGCGAAUGAGGGAAAGGGAGACCGGCUGAUGGCUCUCUUCUUCGAGAAACGAGGAGACACGAUCCCAGUCACUGAGGAUGUUGUGAAAGCUGCUGUCCAGAAUAUGGUAAAGGGAGACAACCUAAUGGCUCUCUUCUUCGAGAAACGAGGAGACACGAUCCCAAUCACUGAAGAGAUUGUGAAAGUAGCUGUCCGGAACACAGCGAUCGGAGAUAAACUGAUGGUUCUUUUCUUUGAGAAACAAGGAGAUUCAAUCCCAAUCACUGAGGAUGUUAUGAAAGCGGCUGUCCAGAAUAUUGGAAUAGGAGACCAGCUGAUAGCUUUCUUCUUUGAGAAACAAGGAGAUGCGAUCCCAAUCACUGAGGAUAUUGUAAAAGCAGCUGUCCGGAAUACAGUGAACGGAGACAAAAUGAUGGCUCUUUUCUUCGAGAAACGAGGCGAUGCGAUCCCAAUCACUGAGGAUAUUGUGAAAGCAGCUAUCCGGAAUACAGCGAUCGGAGACAAAAUGAUGGCUCUCUUCUUUGAGAAACGAGGAGAUGCGAUCCUAAUCACUGAAGAUAUUGUGGAAGCGGCUAUCCGGAACACAGCGAUCGGAGACAAAAUAAUAGCUCUCUUCUUUGAGAAACGAGGAGAUGCGAUCCCAAUCACUGAGGAUAUUGUGGAAGCGGCUGUCCAGAACACAGUGAAUGGAGACAAAAUGAUGGCUCUUUUCUUCGAGAAACGAGGCGAUGCGAUCCCAAUCACUGAGGAUAUUGUGAAAGCAGCUGUCCGGAAUUCGGGAAAUGGAGACAAACUGAUGACUCUUUUCUUCGAGAAACGAGGAGAUGCGAUCCCAAUCACUGAGAGUGUUGUGAAAGCGGCCGUCCAGAAUACAGCAAAGGGAGAUAAACUGAUGGCUCUCUUUCUCAAGAAACUUAGACAUCAAUUUCCGCUCACAGAGGAUGUAAUGAAGGUAAUAGUCGGGGAUAUACAUAGUGCGGAUCGACUGGUAACUCUCCUUUUCAAAAAUUAUGAUGAUAAAAUUGCUCUUACCCAAGAUAUUGUGGAGGUUGCUGUUUUGAACGAGCAUAAAGGUGACAAGGUUAUGUCUUUUCUCCUUGACCAUCAAGGGGAGGAUAUUUUAAUUACCGAAGAUAUCCUUUUGUUAGUCGCACGAAAUGUAUACCGGGCUGAGAUUUUGAUGUCCGUCCUCAUUGACAGAAGAGGAGAUCAGAUCAGAAUUACAGAACGCGUCAUGGUGGCAGUCGCCCAGAAUGAACAGACUGGUGUUCAAAUUGCUGUGUCUCUUCUUGAAAAGCAAGGAGAUAAUGUUCCUAUCACCCCACUGGUUAUGGAAACGGCUAUAAGAAACAGUAGAUGUGGAGACCAGCUGAUGGCUCUCUUCUUCGAGAAACAAGGAGACACGAUCUCAAUCACUGAGGAUGUUGUGAAAGCUGCUACUCAGGAUUGGAGGAAGGGCGAUCAGCUAAUGGCCCUCUUCUUCUAG